AUGCUGCCACUACAAAACCGAAAUAAACAAAACUCUGACUUCAGUGAACAAAAUCUUACUUUUGAUCAUAAUUUUAAUGAAAGCAACCCUAUGAUAUCUAGCACAGCUUCUUUAGAAGAAAGUCAAUCAAAUUGCAAAUAUUUAUGUGCGAAUAAAAUAUAUGACAAUUUAGAUGUCAUUCUGUCUGAUAUCAAUAAUGGCAGUAAGAUAAUGAUCGGCGGAUUUGGAAUGUGUGGAGUCCCUGAAAAUUUGAUUCGAGGCCUUUUACAAAAACAUAUAUCAAAUCUACACAUCAUUGCCGGUACUGGAGGUUCAGAUGACUAUGGACCAGGCUUGCUUGUAAAAAACAAACUUGCCUCGGCAGUUGAUACAACCUUCAUAGGGAGCCGUGAGUUAAAUCGACAAUAUUUUAAUGGAGAAAUUGAACUAAAUAUAGUUCCACAAGGAGAUUUUACUGAAAAAGUUCGGGCAGCAAGAGCAGGAAUUCCUGCAUUGUUUACAUCAACAGGUGUUGAUACUAUCUUAGAAACUGGCAAUGUCCCAGUAAAGUACUCACUAGGCGGAGAAAGUGUGGAAAAAUUUUCUGAGAUCCCAGAAGUUAAAUAUUUUGAUGGACAAAAGUUUCUCAUGAUAAGAUCAUAUAAAGCUGAUUUCAGCUUAAUAAAAGCUUGGAAAGCAGACUCCAAAGGAAAUUUAGUAUUUAGAAGCACUGCAAGAAAUUUUAAUGCUUUAAUGGCAGGAGCUUCAAAAAUUACGAUAGCAGAAGUAGAAGAAAUUGUUGAAGAUGGCGAAUUAACGCCUGACAUGAUCCAUAUUCCAGGAAUUUACGUUAAUAGAGUUAUCAAAGGAAACUACUAUGAAAAGCGCAUAGGAGUUUUAGCAGUAAAAACAGAAAAUGAUGUAGAAAUUUUUCAAGACAACUUAUCACAAGAAAGAUUAGAAAAAAGGCUAAGGAUUGCUAAAAGAGCUGCUAAAGAAAUCAAGCCUGGGAUGAGCGUAAACUUGGGUCUGGGGAUUCCAACAAUAGCAUCAAAUUAUGUUGAUGAAAAAUACGGAGUCUUGUUGCACGGCGAAAAUGGAGUCUUAGGGAUGAGCAGUUUUCCAAGCAGGGAUAAAAUUGACCCAGAUUCAAUGAAUCCAAGCAGGCAACCGAUAACUUUAAGUAUAGGAGGGUCCGUUUUUAGUAGUGAUAUGAGCUUUGAUAUUAUUAGAGGCGGGCAUAUCGAUGUUACUAUGCUUGGUGCUUGCCAAGUAUCGAAACAUGGAGAUAUCUCUAAUUGAAUAAUCCCAGGAAAGCGGGCUUUUGGAAUGGGAGGAGCAAUGGAACUCACAAAAAACUGCAAAAAAUGCAUUGUGUGCAUGGAACAUAUAGCAGGAGAAAGUCUAUACCUUGUUUGAUAAUUAUCCACUUUUAUUAAUAAUUUUUUAAAAAGGAAUAUUUAGUAUAAAAAAAUACAAAAAUUAUGGAUGAAUGCACUCUGCCUCUGACCGGCAAAAAUUGUGUUGAUAUGAUUAUUACAGAUUUAGGAGUUUUUGAAGUUAACGAAGAAAAUGGCUUAACGCUGAUAGAAAUAGCAGAAAGCGUGUCUUUGGAAUUUUUGCGAAGCCAAACUGCUUGCGAUUUUGCUGUUGCUGAAGACUUAAAAUUGAUGCAACAAUAA